GAAAAGUUCCAGGCCAGCUUCUGCAGCAUCAUUGCCAAGCCCCAGUCACUCUUUGGUUUUUUGAAUCUGCCUCUUUUCCCCUCCACAGGACUCUUGUAGCAUCUUCUCUCCGCGUCCGCACCGAGACUGAAAAUGCAGAUCUCCGUCUCCCAGCUCGUUACCCUUGCGGGUCUUAUCAUGGGCGCCUCCGCCAGGCUCCACAGCGCCGCCGUCUGCGUACAGAACAGAUCGUACGGCAGCACUGGCAACGGCACCCCCCAGGGCAUCACCUACGGCAGCUACGUCGACUACGAGAUCGACUCCGCGGCCACGCAGUGCGCCUGCAACUUUUACAGGAACCGCCACACCGGUAACAACCAGUGGGAUUCUUGCCCCGACUGCGUCUUUGACGGCAUUCAAUGCUUGUCCAACGGUUGGCACCUUGGUGGAGACGAGAUCACCUACUACUGCGAGAAGCUCUGCAACUCCCAGGGUGCCCAGGCCAACUGAGUGGUUUCAAGCCACACGUGCUGGCUGUCACGGCCCGGGGUAAGCAUAG